UCCCUAUCUAUCACCUAAUGUUUCAUUCCCAUUGAUACGUCCACUCGUUUAGAGUAACAUACCUUUUUUUUAAUUUUUAGGGGGGGAGGAGUAACUUCCUCUCUUCCCCCUUUACAAUUCUUAUCUUUUCUGUUUCGGCAAGGAAUCAAGGAACCAAGGAAUCGGAGAAUAAAGGGAUAAUUACCAUGAGACCUCUUCUAGAUAUCUGGAGUGAGCUCUCCAAACCGCUCCCCGCGGGGUUAGGCGUUGAGCAUAUCCGACCCGCCCUCACAGCUAAAGAGUUAUAUGAAAUGAGCUAUAUCCUUCAUCGAUCUCAUUUCACUCAUCUUGCCGAAGGCCGCGCCAACGCUGUCUUCAGUAUCAAGGAGCCGAACCACCCGGCAAUUCCCGUGGGCUUUUUCCGAGGGACCCUACUGCGCGUACCUAAAGCAACGCCUGAUGUCACGCCAUGCGACUACGAGACCCUUCAGGACUUUCAAGAGAAGUUCGUUGACGUCCAUGUCGGUCGCGAGCACAUCGUACCUCAAGUCCUAGUCAGAAUUACCCAAACUGUAGCAACCGCCCUCAAUGCCAAGCGUGAUAGCGCUCUUCGGGCUAAGGGUAUAAAAGGUGAUCUAAGCACCAUCCUUCCUGGCUAUGCCAUGUUAGUUGAGGAUAUGGGCCCAUCGCCGGGCUACAUGGCCCUCGAAUUUAAACCCAAGUGGCUGGCUCAGUCUCCUAUGGCUCCUAAGAACGCAACGCGCUGUCGGACCUGCGCUAGAGAGGCCCUUCGCAACAGCAAGGCGAGAAUAAAAAAAGGCGGCAAAGUAUCGACACCCGUGUGCCCCCUGGGCCUCAUCCACGAAAACCGCGCCGUAGUGCUGAGCACUAUCGAUCGAAUCGCACCUAAGUGGUCCGAGCGGGAUCGAGAGCGGCUCGCCGACGCCCUCAAAGAAAGUGGAGUUCUCGAGAGGCUCCGAGAUCUGCAGGCGGAGGGUGACUCCGGGGACGCCCUUUUUACACGACCCUCGGAUUCGCGGUUCGGGUUAUCGAUGACGUUACGCGACUGUUCGUGCUUCGUGCGCAUGCCGAUGGACCGCAAUGCACCCGUAAUCAUCAAACUCGCCGACGUGGACAAGAAGAAUUGGCGCGAGAAACAAUCAUAUUGGCAGAAGAGACAUAAUGAUCUCGUUAAUGAGGGCUGGUACCAUGGCGAAGAGAACACGACCCCGCCACUCGAGACGGCAUGCGUGUUAAGACUUGAGUACUGCCUAGCAAGGGGCCUCGAGGUCCCUCUGGCGUUUCGCAGCCGGCUGAAGCGUCAAAAGUAGCCAGAGGCUACUGAAGUAAAUGCUGCAUAUGUUCCGGGGAAGAGUUGUGGUUUUUCCUAUGUCAUUCAUGUCUUACAUUUAUGAGAAGAUGAUCUUAACGCUACGAGUAAUCAUACCGGGGUAAAAAAGGGGGGGUGUGGUUGGGGGAUCAUCUGGUUGGGUGGGUGGCACGCUUUCGUUACACACAAGAAUUACCUAUAGAAAGGUCUGGUCGCGAGGCCAUAGUCGGC